CCUUUUUUGUGUGUGGUGAGUCAGCCAGCAUUGCGCGCAGCGGAGGCCGGCAGCGCUCCAGCCUGCUCAUCCCGAAAGCAAAUAAGAUGAACGUCGGCGUGGCACACAGUGAAGUGAACCCGAACACCCGUGUGAUGAACAGUCGGGGGAUAUGGCUGACAUAUGCACUCGGUGUGGGAAUGCUUCACAUUGUACUGUUGAGCAUUCCUUUCUUCAGUGUUCCUGUUGUGUGGACCCUCACAAAUGUUAUUCACAAUUUUGGUAUGUAUGUGUUUAUGCAUGCAGUGAAAGGCACACCAUUUGAAACUCCAGACCAGGGCAAAGCAAGACUUCUCACACACUGGGAACAGCUGGACUAUGGCGUGCAGUUCACAUCAUCUAGAAAAUUCUUUACAAUCUCACCAAUCAUUUUGUAA